AUGGCGCGUGGCAAGACUAUCAGGCUCACCAGUCUUGCGCUGGCCAACGCGCUGCUGCCGGUAGCUCUCCUCGUCUUCGCGGUCGGCUUCUUCCCAUACAAACCGCUUCUACCCGGCCUCGCUACCUUUGAAGAUGAUCGAGAGAAUGGAGGAUGGGCUGGCGGCCGACUUGAGCCAGUAUUUGACAGAGUCAUAUUCAUGGUAGUGGAUGCGCUUCGGAGCGACUUCGUGUAUGGACACAACAGUGGCUUCCACUUUACGCAGAAGUACGAACAGGAUAUGAUUCAUGGCAGAGAGAGCGAUACUGACGUCCCGUGCAGUCUGAUACGCGAUGGAGCAGCUAUCCCUUUCACGGCCCAUGCCAGCCCUCCUACCGUGACCAUGCCUCGCAUCAAAGCACUAACCACAGGCUCCGUCCCUUCCUUCGCCGACCUGAUCUUUAACCUCGACGAGAGCGGCUCAGGCGCCAACCUUGCGACUCAAGACACCUGGCUAGCUCAGAUCAAAGCAAAAGGCGGGAAGCUCGUUUUCUUCGGCGAUGAUACAUGGUUACGUCUGUUUCCCAACGACUUCUUUGAGCGUGCGGACGGCACUAGCUCUUUCUUCGUUUCGGAUUUCACUGAGGUUGAUCACAAUGUUACUCGUCAUGUCCCUGCGGAGCUGGAGAGCGAUGACUGGAGUGCCAUGAUUAUGCAUUACCUUGGUCUGGAUCACAUUGGACACAAGACUGGACCUCAAGGGCCGAAUAUGCUGCCGAAGCAGGAGGAGAUGGAUGGGAUUGUGAAGUCUAUCUACGAGGCUAUGGAGAGUCAGCCACAUCUUGCGAAAAGCUUGCUUGUGCUCGCGGGAGAUCAUGGCAUGAAUGCUGGUGGGAAUCAUGGUGGGAGUGGUCCUGGUGAGACAGAGCCUGCUCUGCUGUUCGCCAGCCCCAAAUUCAAAGAACGCAAGAAUCCUACCACGUAUGAGUGUCCGACCUCGCCUAAGGAGGGCACUGAAUUUCAUUACUACCGCAAGGUACAGCAGAGCGAUAUUGUGCCGACACUGGCAGGACUUCUAGGGAUGCCGAUCUCGAAGAACAGUCUGGGGGUGUUCAUUGGGGAGCUGGCGGAGGCGUGGUCGGACGCGAGUCGCAAGGCCCAGAUCAUGUACCAGAAUGCACGACAGAUCAGUAAGAUCGUGGAGGCAGCUUAUGGGGCCGAUGCGUAUUCUACGGCUGUUGAGAAGUGGUCAACAUGCUUGAGGAAGGACCCUAGCGCUGGCGACUGUGGCAUACCAGACGAUCAGCUUUCCGCACUAGCGAAACGAUGGUCGUCCACGACCCUAACUAUGUCUGGUGGCAGUGAGGCACGGCACGGCGACAUGUCGCAAGAAGCUGCAGCAUUCUUGACAGUGGCGCAGGACAUUCUGAGCAGCGCGGCAAGCUCGUACGAUGUGCCUCGUAUGGUACUUGGCAUGUUGAUCUGUGGCAUUGCACUAGUCAUGACUUUAGUCUCUCUGCCUGCAGUAUGGCCUCCAAGUACAGCCGGCAGCUUCUUCGCCAUCACAUGUUUCCUCUACGGCAUCAUGAUGUUCGCAAGCAGCUACGUGGAAGAAGAACAACAUUUCUGGUACUGGUUAACACCUGCUUGGGUGGCCUUACUCACAGCCGAGAAUGUGAUCAGAAGUCGACAGAGAUCUGAGAAGCUCGCCUGCUUUACAUCUGGUCUGGUCAUCCUGGCAGUACAUCGCAUCGCUAUACGCUGCAAUCAGACAGGUCAGAAGCACGCUGGAGAGCCUGACAUUGUACACACUUUCUUCCCUGAGCAUCACUUGCUCAUGUGGCUAUUGAUACUCGCUACCUACGGCUACACAUGCUGGAUGGUUGCAGGGCGGACGUUUCUGGAUCUUGUGCCGGGCGAAGUAGCGGCUUUGAGCGCCAUCGUUCUUGCCAUCCCUGCUGUCGUCUUUAAGCUCAACUUUACGCAUGCUGAUGCACCCGAGCUGGUUCAAGACCUCGCGCUGCAGAUCCGAGUCUGGACUGCGCCAUUCAGUCUCGUGUCGCAGGCACAGGUAUCUUUUGCGGUGCUCCUGCUGGCCGCUUUGACCGUGAGUGCUAUGGCCGUCAGCUUGGCUAGAGGUACAGAGCUUGCCCGGAAAGAUGGCCCAGCUGUGAAUGUCACGCUCGCAGAGCGACUUCACCACUUGCUGACUCUGUUUCUAAUAACGCAAAGUCGAGCCACCAACAUACCACUGUUCCUUGGCUUCGCUCUGCAGUCGCGAGCACUGCACCAGCUGCUACACUCCGCUACGCAUACCGAUACCGAAAUAGUCCCGCGGCGGAGUGCUGCAAUUCCCAUACCGGAGUUGGCCACAACUGCAUUGCUGCUAUCGCACACUUACUUUUUCUGCGAAGGCGGCUCGAACUCUAUCUCCAGUGUCGACCUGAGCAAUGCUUAUAACGGCGUUGGUGACUACAACGUCGCCGCCGUUGGCCUUCUGCUCUUCGCAAGCAACUGGAAUGGACCAAUAUGGUGGUGUAGCGUUGCUGUGCUCAUGACGUUCUCACGGCCCUCGCAAGCGAUAGACGACAGUCGGACGAAGACGAAUGGGAGUCGUUCUUGGGUGAACCAGGAGCGAAGCAAGCUGCGCCAGGACGCAUCUGCCACAAAGCCAAGUAGUCCGUCAUCUGCGCAAGACACGAACUUGUGGCUCUGGUAUGUGUCAUGCAUGACUGCCUUCGUCGCUGCAGGUCUGUUGGCUGUAAUGACAGCUUGCACUCUGCUCAGAACCCACCUGUUCAUCUGGACAGUGUUCAGCCCAAAGUACCUGUACGCGAUGGCUUGGUGUAUCGGCUGGCAUCUGCUGGUGAACAUUGGCUUUGGCGGUGCAUUGCGAGGCUUAGGUAGUAUAGCGUAG